AUGGAAGCUUAUUCCACCACCUCUUAUCCUACAUCUAAGUCUCAAAGUAAUUCACUACUCAAUUCCGUCAGAAAAACACAACCUAAACCAUGGAAAAAAACUUCAGUAAUAGCACCACAGCCAUCAGCAGCUAUUAGAGUUUAUGAGGUGGAUGUUAUGAAUUUUCGAGAGCUUGUUCAACAACUCACUGGUGCACCAGAAUUCAAGCCUCAUCAUCAUCAACAACAUUUUGUUAAUGCUAGUCACGAGGCUUCAACUGUUUGGAACAAAGGGGUGCAAUCUCAUGAGGAGAGUAGUGAUAGGACAAAUCAACAAGGUGUGUUGGAAUUGAAUUUGUCGUCACCGUCUUCUUAUAGUUGGUAUUCUUCUAUGUAA